AUGGGAGUGGGCAUGAAGCGCGCGAGGGAGGAAGAGCCAGUUGUGUCGCUGGCGCUGUCGCUCAGCACAGACUCCUCGGCGACGUCCACCACGACGUCGGAGUCAGACAGUUCGACCGGUGCGCCGGCGAUGGUCCCCAGGAAGAGGGCGCGGCGAGGGAGAGCUGUGGCCACGUCCGGGGAGGGGGAGUUCGUGUGCAAGACUUGCGGGCGUGCCUUCGAGACGUUCCAGGCGCUCGGCGGGCACCGGACUAGCCACCUGCGCGGCCGCCAUGGGCUGGAGCUCGGCGUCGGCGUCGCCAGGGCCAUCAAGCAGCGGAAGCGGCAGGAGGAAAAGCAGCACGACUGCCACAUCUGCGGGCUGGGCUUCGAGACGGGCCAGGCGCUGGGCGGGCACAUGCGGCGGCACCGCGAGGAGAUGGCACUCAGCGGCGCCAUGGACUGGUGGGUUGCGCUGUCGGAUCAAGAGGCUGGGCACCAGCACGCCGCCGACCGGCCGCCAGUCUUUGCUCGAGCUGUUUGUCUAGUUAGCUAG